AUGUCUCUCAGCAGAAUCCUCAACAACGAUCCCGCUCCCGCCGACUAUCCAAAAUCCAACUUGGACGCCUCUCCACGACAACGCCCGCCUUGCCCAUACAACGACUAUCCAGGCCCACACCGACACCCCUCCCCGCCCUACCCACAUCGUCCUCCGCCGUCGCCCCCGCCGAAUCCCGCCCCCCACCCCGGCCAGCUCAGUCCCUGGCCCCACGACGACAGCGCCUCCUGGCGAUAUUCAUCGUACAACGCCGUCCACCCAUCGUCCAGCCACCCUCGUCAACACGACUUUCCCGACGAUUCCGAUAGCAUCCCCGAUCCAUCCACUCCCUACGACCAAGCUCACGACUCGGCCCGUUCAAGGAAGAAGCGCAAGGGCAUCCACGACGACAGCGACUACCCGCCAGCUACAUCCUCCAGACGCAAGGGCAAAUCAAAGAGACGGACAAACACCGGCUCGCGAGCACUCGAUGAGGAAGAACGCCGGCUCCAAUCGUCAGACCUUGAGGAUUGCAGAGAGGUCUGGGUCGACGACCUCAACGACUAUAUAGGACAGACCAGGAGGCGUCAGCAGCAAGUAUCCCAAUAUUUCUGGGACACUGUUCUUGAACGCAACACCAAGACGGCUCAGGAGCUGUCCCACAAUUACUCUGCAAAGAUUGCCAGUAUUCCCCUCCGCGCAGCCUCACCUCCCCCACCUUCUGCUUCUUCCCGCUAUAGACAUGGCGAACUUGAUGCUGGCCCAUCACAAGACUAUCCCAAUACCAAUGGCAACCAUGCAUACGACGACUAUUCUAGACACAGAGCCGAAUUCAACCCAGGAGCCGAAGACGCCGCCUCCGAGCUUGAACGCUCUGUACUGGGUGACGACGUCUCAAUAUCCACACCGGUCGCUGCGGCUCCUGCGGGCAAGCGCAGAGCUCCUCGAACCAAAGAGUCCAAAAAGCGUGCCGUACCCGAUGCCGACCGUCUCUCCGGGAAUGAACUCGAGCCAGCUGCUGCCCCGGUUGACCCACCUCCGACCAAAAAGCGCAAACUCAAUACAGAAGUCCCGCCCGAGGAAGCUGGGGUUCAUCCGUCCGUCGUUGAGUCGGCUGGCUCAGCCUCUGGCCCCGUUAAGCGACCAGCAAAGGGUAAAGGCAAGGCGAAGCAACUCCAGGCGGAGGAGAUCUCCCGCGAACCCAGCCAAGACAGUGUCUCCGCACCAGUCAAGGCUCGCAAGAAGCCAGGUCCCAAGAAGAAGACUGGCCUUGCUCCUGAAGUCGAGAGCGAAGUCGCAGCUGCUGCGGCAAGCGCCCUCGCCAACAUGGGUCAGGACAGUUUGUCUGUUGCAGGGUCGUAUGCUGCUUCGGUCUCGGGAGAUGUCACCCCUUCCGCUUCAAGGCCUUCCUCUCCAGCGCCGACAAACACUGGCUAUUUGUAUGAUCUCGAAGAAACUAUUCCGCCGCUUAGGAAAGCGAAGAAGAUCGACGACCAAGCGAUGGUCAAGAGGAUCAAGACACUCGAGGAAUCCCAGAGAAAAGUAUGGACCAACAUCGCCAAGCGAGACGUUGCAAAGGUAAUGUCUGCGUCCAAUGUCUACAAGUAUGUUACCCUCGGCUAUCAGGCACGCAUGUCGCAACUUGAACGAACCGCCAAACUCGCAUCCAUCCAAGCUCGAAAGCCCUACACCAAGACGACCAAAGCCAACAAAGAUAUUCAAGCCAAGGCCAAACGUCUCAUGCGUGAGAUGCAAGUCUUCUGGAAGAAGAACGAGAAGGAGGAGCGCGACGUUAGGAGGAGAGAACAGAAAGAAGCGAUGGAUAGGCUGAAGAUCGAAGAAGAGAAGCGAGAAGCCGCUCGACAAGCCAGAAAACUAGAGUUCUUGAUUUCCCAGACUGAACUGUACAGCCAUUUCGUCGGGAACAAGUUGAAGACUGCCGAGAUCGAAGGAGACGAGGCCAACCAGCAGGUUCCUGCUGGUGCACAGCUGGAGGAUGUGGACCGCGAAGCGUUGCCGGAGAUCGACUUUGAUAAUGAGGACCACACCAACCUCCACCUUCACGCGAAAGCCAAUGCUCAAGAGGCGAUCGCGCUUGCUAGGCAACGUGCUCAGCAAUUCGAUACGCAAACCGCUCUGGAGAGGAAGACCAACCAAGCUCUCAAACUCGCCAAAGCACAGGCUCAUAUCCGCGACGAUGCUGAUGACUUGGGCGAGCCCUCGGACAAAGCACCGCUCGUUGACCUGGACUCGGACGAGCUCAACUUCCAGAACCCCACCUCUCUUAGCGGGCCGUUGACGAUCGGCCAACCCAAGAUGCUUAUGGCGACUCUAAAAGAGUACCAAUUGAAGGGAUUAAACUGGCUGGCCACCCUGUACGAGCAGGGCAUCAAUGGCAUUCUGGCAGACGAAAUGGGUCUCGGAAAGACCGUCCAAUCUAUAUCGCUUCUUGCCUAUCUCGCCGAAACGCACGACAUCUGGGGCCCAUUCCUCGUGGUCGCUCCUGCUUCCACAUUGCACAACUGGCAGCAAGAGAUCACUCGAUUCGUGCCAAACCUUCGGGCUCUGCCGUAUUGGGGUAAUGUGAAGGAUCGAACGACACUCCGUAAAGUAUGGAGCAAGAAGGAUCUCACUUACACCAAAGACGCUCCGUUCCACGUCUUGAUUACGAGUUAUCAAUUGGUAACGCAAGACCAACAGUACUUCCAGCGCAUCAAGUGGCAGUAUAUGAUUUUGGACGAGGCCCAAAACAUCAAGAACUCAUCCAGUGUCCGAUGGAAGACUCUUCUCGGAUUCCAUUGCCGAAAUCGACUCUUGCUUACCGGUACUCCGAUCCAGAACUCUAUGCAAGAACUUUGGGCUUUGCUUCAUUUCAUCAUGCCGAGUCUGUUCGACUCUCACGACGAGUUUAACGAAUGGUUCUCAAAAGACAUCGAAAAUGCAGCAGAGAACAAGGGGAGCAAACUCAACGAACACCAGCUUCGGCGUUUGCACAUGAUCCUGAAACCCUUCAUGCUUCGUCGCGUGAAGCGCCAUGUCCAGAACGAACUCAGCGAGAAGAUCGAAAUUGAUAUUUUCGUGGACCUGAGCGCCCGCCAACGGGCGCUCUACGCUGCUCUGCUCGCCAAAGUCUCCCUACAAGACCUCUUGGAGAAGGCAGCGAAUAUGGGGGAUGCGGAGUCUGCCCGAUCCCUGAUGAAUUUAGUUAUGCAAUUCCGGAAGGUCUGCAACCAUCCCGAACUGUUUGAGCGUGCGGAUGUCGUCGCUCCGUUUUCCUUUUGCAGAUUUGGAAGGCCCACUGUCCCCAGUCGUGAAGGCGACUUUGUUAUCCUUCCUUACUCGGCCAGGAAUCCCAUCGAAUAUGAAGUGCCCCAGUUGAUCUACAAAGGAGGAGGGAUGUUGGAUGUUCCAUCCGAGGAUUCGACUCUUCCACAACAUUCCACUGUGUUGAGCAAGCUCUGCAAUAUUUGGACGACGGAGUGGAUUACCAGGUCUUUGGAGGAAUCUCAUUCGUCAAGUUUCUCGUUCCUUUACCUUUUGGGAAUGUCUCCACAAGAGGCUCACCAACUACAUGUGUCCCCUUUGCUACGUCGAGAAUUGUUACGCACUGAGCAAGAAAUCAAAUUGCGUGACUCUGCAGCCUAUCGCGACCCCGACUUUGUUCUCGGCUGUGUGUCUAAUCCUUUUGAUAUCAUCACCUUCCCAUCGCUAUCGGCGCUUGAGGCUGCAGACGGAUUACCUCACCUUUCCGAAAUAUCUACCGCCGUUUGGAAUGAAUCCAAUCUUUCCAAGCCCGACAUGAAGUGGUACAUCCCCUCCGUUAUCGCCCCACCGAUUUCGUUACAGUGCACCGACCGACUAUUCAACGAACGGCAAGCGAUCCUAAAGGAAGCACCUUUGGUAACGCUCGCGCUCUACGGUAUACCGGAACACUUGCGCGACUCGGAAGAAGCAUGCACCGCGUACCGCACUCGCAUUCCUCUCUUGCCUCCAACUGGUCUCAUCGAGACUUCACCGCCCGAACAGUUCCCCGUCGCACCCAUGCACGUUCCCGAGGCGAAGCGGCUUAUUUACGACUCUGCCAAGCUCGCUCGGCUGGAUUCUCUAUUGCAAGAGCUCAAGGCUGGAGAUCAUCGCGUGCUUGUGUACUUCCAGAUGACGAGGAUGAUGGAUUUGAUGGAGGAGUACUUGAUUUACCGACAGUACAAGUACUUGCGAUUAGACGGUUCGUCAAAGCUAGAGGAUCGUAGGGAUAUGGUCAUUGAUUGGCAAACGAGACCGGACAUCUUUGUCUUCUUGCUUAGUACCAGGGCCGGUGGACUUGGUAUCAACUUGACCGCAGCAGACACUGUGAUCUUCUACGACCACGACUGGAACCCAUCCAACGACGCUCAGGCCAUGGAUCGUGCUCACCGUCUCGGACAAACGCGACAGGUCACUGUCUACAGAUUGAUCACCAAGGGCACGAUCGACGAACGCAUCAUUCAAUUGGCUCGCGUCAAGAAAGAUGUCCAAGAUAUUGUGGUUGGUAACAAGACGUUGACGGAUAUGACCAAACCAAGCGAAAUUGUUCAACUGCUUCUCAACGAUGAGCAACUUGCUUCAUUAGACCAGUCCGGAGGACUUGCAGCUGCCAACAAUCAAGCGAGCGCAAACAAAGGAAAGAGAUCUGAAAGGAAGGAAGGAGACAACAUGGGUGAUUUAUGGAACGAUGAGGGUGACGACUUUUUCGGAGGUGGUGCAGGGCCUAGUGGUGAGCAAGGGGAUGAUGAGGGAGGAAACCCUGCACCGGCCAAAAAGCGAAAAUCGAGGGCCACGGGGGCACCUCGAGGGCGAAAGCCUGGUACUGGCCGGAAGAAGGCUGACGCUACACCAAAUGGACUUGCCGCUGAUAUGUAAACCUAUAUAAUCGUGAUUGUUCUUUUCUUUUUAUAGUCUGCUCGCAUACGCUUUGGACACGCUACUUUAGAUGUCGUUUCUUGGGUUCAUAAUGUCUUAUUUCCUUGUGUAGUUUCCUAGCAUGUAUUCUGUACAUUGAUUGAUCUGGUACCCUGUGCGCUAAUAGUAAUAUCAUUGGUCAUUUGCACUUUCC